AUCUGCUCCCGCCACUCGCCUCACACAAAAAACCAUCAAACACACACAGAGCUCAGAGAACAGCCUCUCGUUUCUUGCACGAAUCCAGCUUCGAUCCAUCGAUCGGAACAUCGCUUACGGCCAGACGCAGCUGAUCAAGGCAUUAUCUGCAAUGGGUGAGCUGAUCCCCGGGUUGCCGGAGGAGGUGGCGAGGGAGUGCCUCGUCCGGGUGGGCUUCGACCAGCUGCCGGUGGUCCGCCGCAUCUCGCGCCAGUGGAAGUCGGAGGUGGAGUCGCCGGACUACCACCGCCUGCGCCGGGCGGAGGGGCUGGCGCGGCCGGUGCUCGCGCUUGCCCAGGCGCAGCCAGCGGCGCCGGCCGACGACGCGGCUCCGGCGGCGCACAAGCACUCGUCGACCGCGGCCUCGGGGGGGCCCGCGAACUCGUACCGGAUGGUGCUGCUGGACCCGGUGGAGGGGCGGUGGGCGCCGCUGCCGGCGCUGCCCGGGCCGACGGAGAGCCUGCCCCUGUUCUGCCAGGUGGCCGCCUUGGACGGCGGGCAGGGGAGGAAGCGGCUGGUGGUCGUCGGCGGCUGGGAUCCGGAGACGUGGGCGCCGAUGGACGCGGUGUUCGUGUACGACUUCCUCACCGGUGCGUGGCGGCGCGGCGCGCCCAUGCCCGGGCCGCGGCGGUCCUUCUUCGCCUGCGCGGCCGUCGGCGGCGCCGUGUACGUGGCCGGCGGCCACGACGAGGAGAAGAACGCGCUGCGGUCCGCGCUGGCGUACGACCCGGACGCCGACGCGUGGGCGUGGCUCCCGGACAUGGCGGCGGAGCGCGACGAGCCGCGCGGCCUCUGCGUCGCCGGCAGGUUCCUCGUCGUCGGCGGGUACCCGACGCAGGCGCAGGGCCGCUUCGUUGGCUCCGCGGAGGCCUUCGACCCGGCGACGUCGGCCUGGGUGCCCGUCCAGGACGGCCUGAUCGAGGACGGCGCGUGCCCGAGGACCUGCUGCGCGGCGCCGGGGGCGUCGGAGCGGAUGUACAUGCUUCGCGACGGCCACCUCGUGGCGCGCGACGGCCCUGCCGCGUCGUGGCGCCCGGUGGCGCAGGUGCCGGAGGACGCGCUCACCGCGGCGACCGUCUCCGCCAUCCCCGACGGGCGCGUCGUGGUGAUCGGCGCCGGAUGCCACGGCGGGGACCAGACCGUGUACGUGCUCCGCGAGGAGGCCGGGAAGGGCGCGUCCUGGGCGCGCGCGCCGGCGCCGCCCGAAUUCUCCGGCCACGUGCAGGCCGCCUGCUCCCUUCAAAUCUGAUCAAGUGUACGUAGAAGAAUGCAGAACAGAUCUGCCUGUACGCAUAUACAUAGCUAGCUACGCGCCUCUGCAACUAUACGUCUCACGGUUGUAUAUAGCAUUAGACCACGUGGAUGUUUGAAUACUAAUUAGAUAGACUAAAUAUGAAUGAAUUAUAAAACUAAUUGCAGAAUUCCUAGGCUAAUUCGCGAGACAAAUCUAUUAAGUCUAAUUAAUCCAUCAUUAGCAAAUGGUUACGGUAGCACCACAUUAUCAAAUCAUGGACUAAUUAGGCUUAAUAGAUUCGUCUCGCGAUUUAGCCUCCAUCAUACAAUUAGUUUAUAUUUAAUAUUCUUAAUUAGCAUCAAAUAUCCUGAUACAACAGGGCUAUCCAAACAGGUCUAAGAAUACACUGCACAUGUUUGAAAAAGAGUGAAGGAUGGCAGGUUCGGAAUAUUUUGUUU